AUGAUUGAGAUGGACACGGAGAGGAGGAGACACAGGAUUUCUUUUAAUUCAAGAAAAGACAAAUGGAGCAGAAGACGCGACACGUGGGCCCAUACUAACACAGAGACAAACCCGUGGUGGAAGGUAGAUCUGUUAAAAGUAUAUAAAGUGAACAGAGUGGUCAUCACCAACAGAGAUAGUUACUAUUAUUUCCGGAUAAAUGGGGCAGUGAUUCGUGUUGGAAACUUUUCUGAAGACUUUUACAGUAACCCCAUAUGUGCUACCAUUGUUACGAUUCCAUCUGGUGCCACUGAGACUUUCUAUUGUGCUGGAAUGAAGGGACGUUAUGUUCAUGUGCAUAUUCCUGGAGAUCAGCACAUUCUUACUCUUAAUGAAGUUGAAGUCUAUGAGUUUUUGGCAGUUGGAGACGCUACGCAAUCCUCAACAUUUGAAGACUGGUUUGCUGAAAAGGGUAUUGAUGGUAAUCGAGGUCUCUCACAGCAGUUUACUGGAUGCACACAAACCGUUUCCGAGAGUAACCCAUGGUGGAGAUUGGAUCUGCGUGAUGUUUACUGUAUCAACAGUGUUGUCAUCACUAGCAGAUUUGACUGCUGUCCAGAAGAAAUUAAUGGAGCAGAGAUUCACAUCGGAAACUCUUUAGAGAACAACGGCAACAACAAUCCACUGUGUGCUGUUAUUUCUGGUAUUCCUGCAGGUCAAUCCUUCAUCUACUCAUGUGGUGGGAUGGUAGGACGUUAUAUCAAUGUGUUUCUUCCUGGAGAUGCCAAGAUUCUUACUUUGUGUGAAGUGGAGGUUUAUAAAGAAGAUACCUGUAAACAAAGAGCUGCCGUGAAGAUGCAGUUUAGCUCCAGCUCUGAUUUGACUGACGUUACAAUGAGAGACAAAAUACUUCAACAGGCACUCAGUUCUGGAUACAGUUUUGGUUUGUUAUUUUUUAAAGCCAAUAAAUCAGUUCAUCUGUUAGUGCUACUGUAUGUGGCCUUUACUUUUGAUAUUCUGAUCAUUGAUGGACAUGUGAUCGCUAACUUCUUGGAAGGAAAGAUGAAGGCAAGUGUCGGAAAGUCGAGGGAGAAGCUACAAGGACCCACGGAAAUGGAAACUGAGGGGGAUCAAAUUAAACGGGUCCACGACUAUCUGAAACAUCCCACCUUUGAGCCUGGAAGACAGUCAGGAGAGUCUCCGGCGAACAGUCCAGCAAAAAAAAGCAUUAAUGAGUCUUUGGAACACAGAUAUCUGCAGUGGGGUGAGGGCACAGAAAAGGUGCCUGAUGUGCAGUACUGGAACAUGGUGAAGGUGAAGAUCAGGGCACUGCCAAUGGCACACCCUCGGAACACCCAGUCCCACCAGGUGUAUGUGUAA